AGGCAGAACAUAAAUCAAUUACAGUAAAAUGACCAUGUGUUGAUGGUAUUAAAUUAAUAAUUAUUUGUACAUCUGGGACUAUUGGAGAAAGUGGUUCAAUUAAAUCAUUCUUGUGUCAGUCUCCAAGUUCCAUUAGACUUUAUUUGUUGGAGUAUUGUAUGGAGAGUGUGUUGGUAUUAGAAUACCUUGUUCAAUCAAUUACUCAAUGAUUGGCCUAAUACCUUCUUCCUUUUCAAUCUAUAGUGGAUAUGACUUACAGUAUACUGGAGUGGUUACAGCUAAUUUAGCUGUAUAUGGUUUCACAUCAAUAAGGUCAGCUUCAUCUUUGUGCUGAGCCCAUAGUCUGGGGUUAAUUAUUGCUUCAUCAUCCUCCAGCAGUUGCUGUCUGCUCACUUUCUCCCCCACACCUCCUGUAGGCACAGUGACUGAAUACACAGCAGGAAACAUGAGUUGCAGAGAAGCAUUGCCAAAAACUAUUUGUGCACUAAUUUUAUGCAGUAGAUUUCAGACCAUUAAACAAAAUGGAGAGUCUGGUAUGAUUACAAAAGCGUGCAUUUUGAACAAAUCUGGCAAAAGAUCUUGUUUACAGUCUGAUAAUUUAAUUAGAACUUCUGUCAUAUGUCUGAACAUCUGUGUGUUAGCCCAUUUAAAAUCUAGUGUUCGUUUUAACAUUAUCUUACCGUCUUCCCGUUUUCUUGUGAUCCGACCACCCGGCUAGGAUAUAUAUAUAUAUUGUUAUAUAUAUUUGUUGCUACAUAAAUGUAACGUUCAUUCAUUCAGUCAUUCAUUUCUAAACAUCCAAUUUACGGGCGUUUCGCCUCGUAUUGGUCUACUUCUCGUUUGUCCCAUUUUGUUAAAACAACAAAAUUGUCUCUUGUUUUGGUUUUUGGUAUGAACAAUUCUCUCCUAUCACGAAGAGUAAAUGCGGCAGUGAAACUCCUACUGACUGUUAGUGGAAUCCGCUCACUUCAUCCACAAGACUGGCCCUUUUAACAUUCUUUAACAACCAUAAAGAUCCUCACCUCUCUUGAGAUCUGACCGCAGUUUUUAUGAAUUAUCCUUCCGCGACUAGUGACACAUACCGCAGUUGUGCCAUAGAUGGAUCCUGACCAUCGCAGAGAUAAGGAGUUUAAGUGGAAUUGUUCGUUCUAUGACUAGUGACACAUACCGCAGUUGUGUCACAGACGGAUCCUAACCAUCGCAGAGAUACAAGGAGUUUUACUUGAAUCGUUUUAUAACAAUAUUUAAUAGAUAUCUCACGGACAGGCAGAUAAAAGAUCUUACCUGUCCGGAGAUAUCCCACUUCUGACACCAGGACUGUUAGUAAAAUAUGAUUCGGAUGCUUUAUUCUGCCUUCCUCGCAGUCACUCUUUGAUCAGAUGAAUUCACCGGUGGGAAGAAAUACACGGACACAGAAUGUCACAAGCAGUUCUUCAAUUUAUUAAAGGAAGCAUGGGGUUAUAUGGUUCUUUUCACACAAGGCUGGUUACACCCUUUACCUUGAACCCCCCCCCCCCCAAUCCUCCAUACAUGGGGUUGUUUCCUCUCGCUUACAGAAGUACAUUCUUAUCAAGUACAUUUGUGCUCAAGACAGUGCCGAAAACAUACAAAGUAGAUAUGCAAGCAUCAGCAUAAAAAGGUCACAUUGUUCCAUCUGAGACCUAUUUCUCACAGAAUGUCAGAAAAUCUGUCAUAAAACAUUGAUUAUUAAUUGGGAUGUAAUUUUCUCGAUACGUUUUUGAGGCAUUGUUGAAUUAACCUUAGCCGACAUUUAAAUUAGAAGCCCAAUUUAUGUGCUUUCCAAUUCACUGUCAGUUGGCCUGCCAUGCAAUGUAGUCUAGCUGAAAAGCUUUGGGAGACCAUUAAGAAACAUUUACUGUGAAGGACACCUCGAUGCAGUGCAGGUGGCAGUCUAAAGUUGUGAAUCUAGUCACCCUACACAAAAGUUACAAAGGAUUUUGUACUUAACAAAUUAAGUGACAUUGAUGAUUUUGCAGGUUAGUCUAUGAAACUGGUGUAACAGCUCAAACUGAACGAUUCAUUCAAGCUGUCAUACCCCGGAAAGACAUUAUUUUAUCAGAAAAUACAUCAUGUAGGCAAUAUGAAAGGUACAUGUACACAAUAUACUGUAUUAUCCAGUGAUGGCUUGAAUAAAUAAUCUAUGUCCUUUGAUAAUGAUUUGGGUCGAAUUUAAUGGAAAACUAUGCGAGUUGUUGAGCUCUGUGGUGCUGCAGAUUUUUUAGCAGCUUCCGAAGUCAUAGCUGGAUGGCGCAAAUAGAUGGCAAGUGGCGGCAGCAGUGUGUGUACCUUCCUUCCUGUUUGAAAUUUUAGAAUGCGCCAUGUCAUCUGCCAGACAUACAGUGUGCAAAACCUUUAAGUUAACCUGCCACUCACACUUUAACAAAGUUGUGUUGAGAAAUCUGUAUGAAGAUACAAAAACUAUUGUGCAACGAUAGUCCUUUUUAUAUCUGUAAAAUGCAGACAAUCAUCAGGAAAAUUUUCCAGUUGUCGAUGCGUGCAAAAAGCAUUAAUACUAAGCCAACAAUUUAACCCUUAGACAAAGAGAGAGUUCUCGGGUUGAUUGGCUAACAUGUCUAAGGGCCUAUCAGCUUGGGCCAUAGAGUAUGCGAGCCGACUGAUUUGGGGGCUUUCACACUGGGCAUGUUUGCUGAGGUCCGAUUCUGAGUGCGAUUGUUCCUGGUGCCUCCUGCAGCUUUGGUCUGGUUUCACACUCACUUGAUUCUAUCGAACCCCGGUCCAUUUGCGUUCAUCUUACAUCAUCACAAACACGCAUGGAGAACAUAACGCGACUCAUCAUACUUUCUGUUUUUGUUUUGUUAUUUUGGUGCCAUUAUGCACAGCAAAGUGAACGACAACUGCGUAUAUGUACGCUUCAUGGUGUAACUCAUCAGAUGUCCAGGGGAAGGCGGCUUGUUGCUGCUCGCAAAUGGCGUUUUUUGAGGAGACAGCUGAUUACAAGAAAUUCAUUUGCAUCUUUGUUUACACUGUACGCUUACACUCGUGUCCAAGGUGACGUUAUCGCCACUGUGAUCUCCUAUUAUACCCUAUAUUUAUAACCUUUAAUAUUAUUUAUAUAUAGUAUUUAUAAGGUGUAUAGAUCAUCAUCGGCUAAAACGCAUGCGCAGGUUACUUUACUUCCUGAACGAGUGCACACCCGAGUCCGAGUUGCUUUCACAUUCACGCGAAUCGCGCUACAGUUCCAUUGCAACCGAACUCAGACCACCUCCUACAGGUAGUCUCGGGUUCGGUACCUCGGUGCGCUCCAUGGUCCGCAUGACAGCUUUCACAUUACCAAUUUUUCAUGCGAACCGUGCUGUGUUUUGAACUAAACUGCCAGUGUGAAAGCACCCUUAGAGUAGGCUAUGCAAUUAUUGCGCCAUUAGCUUCACAGCAUAACACAAUUCACAGCAUCCUCCCACUAUGGUUAAGUUGGCAAAGCUUGAUGCAUGGCAGCCUGUUUACAGUGAUGGUGCUGCUCUCUCAGGUUUUAACCUCAAACCAUCAUAUCACUAACUGUCAGAUGUAAAGAGCACUUUUAAAGAAGGGACUUGUUAAGUGUGGCCUUAGACAGUAUCAGUUCUCCGAAAUGUGCUUGCAUCUCAGAGAGGAACUAGGUGUCAAAAUGUUUGACCUCUAGCGCAGUUUGCUCUUAUCACAACCCUAAACAACCCUGCAGCAGAAAAUACACGUGAAACAAUGCAAACAGCACUGUGAGGCUUACUUUGAGAGAGGCAAUUGAGGCAAUCAUGAAUCCAAGCUAUGAAGAAUAUGGCGAAGAUAAUGUAUCCAGCAAUGUGUAUGACUACAAAAGCAAGCUUGACGAUUUAACCAAAGGGUCACAUCCUGCAGAGACACAUCCUGCAUAUUGCAGACAAGCAGCAUGUAUAAUUAUAGCUAUUUUAAAUGUAAUAAUUUUCCUGCUUGGCAUAAUUGGAAAUGGAGCAGUGAUCUGGAUUGCUGGUUUUAAGAUGAAGAAGUCAGUUAACACCACCUGGUACCUGAGUCUGGCUUUGUCUGACUUCAUAUUUUGCAGUAUUAUCCCUUUUGUCAUUGUCAAAAUAGUUAUAAACAACUGGAUCUUUGGGCUCUUCAUGUGCAAAUUCACAUCCUUUGCUAUGUUCCUCAAUAUGUACAGCAGCAUCUUCAUCCUCAUUGUCAUAAGUGUGGACCGCUGCUUGACCGUCAAAUUUCCUGUUUGGGCUCAGAAUCAUCGCACUGUAACAAAAGCCUCUGCUGUUGUUGUGUUGGUUUGGUUCAUGUCUGCUUUGCUUAGUAUACCAGCAGCCAAAUUCAGAAACAUGCAAAAUAGCACAUCUAAAGAAACAAUUUGUCUUACCAGCUAUGAGCAUUACCACACAACUGUUGUGCUCAUUCGAUUUAUUUUUGGGUUUUUUAUUCCAGUCCUAAGUAUUUGCAUCUGUUACUCUAUCCUGAUCUGUAAACUUAGGGCAAACCAAAUGUCCAAAUCUACCAAGCCCUACAAGAUCAUGACACUGUUAAUUACAACUUUCUUUCUCUGCUGGUUGCCAUAUCAUAUUGUUUCUAUAAUAGAACUGAACGAAUCAAAGCGUGGCUUUAAUCUUGACACGGCCCUAGUAAUAUCUGCUACUCUUGCCAGCUCAAACAGUUUUAUUAACCCAUUCCUCUAUGCAUUUAUGGCCAAGGACUUAAAGAAAAAACUCUACUCAUUUCUGUCAAAGAUUGAGAGUGCCAUUGAUGAGGAGACCCAAAGUAAUUUCAGAGGAACUUCCAUUACCAAUUCUGAGGAUCACAAACUUUCCACUGCGGUCUGAAAACACGAAAGAUUAUUUUAACAUGAGUCUUUAAAAAAGACAUUCCUUUGUUUGUCAAGUCGGACUGGAUUUCUUGUAAAGAAAGUUCGCUCAUAGAAAUAUUGACAUUUCACUGCCCUUUGUUUUUUUUUUAAAUAAAUAUUCUUUGUAAAUAUAGCAUACAAUAACAAAUAUAAUGCAAAUCUUGUUCCAACCAUUUUAUUUCCUUUGCAUUGCGGUAGAAUAUCCUUACAUUUGGUCCUUUCAAAAUACAUUCAGAGAUGCAUGUGACUGUGUGAUUCUUAAAGGUAUAGUUCACCCAAAAAUGAAAGUUCUGUCAUCAUUUAGUCACCCUUAUUUAAUUCCAAAAUUUACCGACUUAAUAGAUAAUAGGUGUUAGGGUCUCACAGCCUCAGUCACCAUUAAAUUUAAUUGUUUUGAAAAAGAACAACAUUAACAUUCAUCCUUUGGUGUGCCACGGAACACAGAAAGUCAUCUAGAUAUGAAACAUGAGGGUUUUUAAAUUAUGACAGAAUUUACAUUUUGGGGUGAAAUAUCCCUUUAAGUUUAAAAAAAGAUGAUACUUUGUGUCUUUCAAUGUUGUGUAGUUCUGCUUUUAAAAAUUAAAACAAUGUAUUUACGUGAAUUUGUAUGCAUACGUAUAUGUGGCGAAUGGUGUUGUGGUGUUUUUCUUCACUUCAUACUAUCAUUUCUCAGUUCUCAAUUUGUUUCUUAUUUUUUGAUUACAGUGUUGAAUUGCAGUUUUUAUUAAACAAAAAAGGCUUCACAAGCACUAACAAAUAAAGUAAAACUCUGAAUAUUUCAAUAAGAAACAAUUUUAUAAUUUCAACAUGAACUUAAUUUUGAUUCUUUGGUAGGAAUGUUUUAACUGCCUUAACUGAUGUACAGUGUAGUAUAAAGUAUCCAAUCGUCUUACAGGACUGAAAGGAAAAGAUCACCCAAAAAUGACAAUUCAAGAAUGGACUGAAUUAAUUGACUGUCAACAGUGUUACUCAAGUAUUAGUCUAUCGCUUUAAACCUUUACAAAAAACAUGACUAAAAAUUAUUAAAUAUUUUUGAAAAUGCAUUUCCAAAGAUACCAUGUGCUCAGUAGUUCUGGGCCCCCUAUGCUGAGUAAAGACCAGAAAUGCCAUAAAAUGUCAACAGUGUAACCCAAUGGUAUUUUGGGGGAAACUUUUAAAUUUUUUCUUCUCACUAUCAAACACCAAAUCUACCACUAAUUAUAGAAUAAAUGACCCAUUUGCAGCUGUUACUUUUUGCAGUGUUAAUUCACAAAAGUAACAAAAGUAUCUGGAGAAAUCUAUCAAAGUAUUAAUUUUCUCUUAAAAAUAUAGUGACAUAAAAGUGAAAGUAAACAGAAAUAUUUAUACUUGAGUAAAGUGUAGAAUAGAAAUGUUCAAAGACUACACAUAAAGGAAUACUUCGGGUUUAAAACAAGUAAAACUCAGUUGACAGCAUUAAUGUUGAUUACCACAAAAAUUUAUUUCAGCUUGUGCUUUCUUUUCUUUAAAAAAAGCAAAAAUCUGGGAUUACAGUGAGGCACAUACAAUAAAAAGGUAAUGGGGCCAAUGGGGUUUCAAAAGUAUAGGCACAUGACAUAAACAAUAUGAGUAUUACCAUGAUUUUAGUGUGAUAAAAUCACUUACUAAUCUUUUCUGUGUUGUUAUAUCCUAUUAUACAACUUUAUUGCCAUGACGACAUGACAGUGUAAACCCUGUAAUCCCACAAAAACGACAAUUUAGACACUUUUACAGCUCAAAUUAUACACAAGCUUUAACAGAAUGAUUCAUGUAAGUGAUAUUAAGUGGUACAUUUCUGUCUUUAAACCAUCCAAAAACUGGCCCCAUUGACUUCCACUGUACGUGCCUCAUUAUAGCCUUGAUUUUUGCUUUUUUUUUUUUUUUUUAAGAAAAGGAGGGACAAUUUGAAAAACAUUUUUGUGGUAAUCAACAUCAUGACACAAAUGUUGUCACUUUAGCUUAACUUGUAUUAAACAUCCUGGUUACUUGCAUAAACUCCAUUCCCUGAUGGAGGGAACAAGAUAUUGUGUCGAUGUAGUGACACUAGGGGUCACUCUUGGGAGCCCAAGACACCUCUGGUCUUUAAU